UCACGAGCAUCUAAAGUUUAGGAGUGUUUUUACAAAGAUACAACAAUGUGGUGCUCUGUAAACUUCGCAAAGUGAAGAUGGUUUAUCGCAGCAGUACGACUUCUAUGCACGAGCGCUUGAAGCUCAGGCAUCCCGGAGCGCAUUUUAAUCGUCACGGCAGCAAAACCCGCCGGCCCCUUCUACCCAGCAACGUCACGUAUCAUCCCCGAUACCCGGACCAUCCCCACCACGACAGGCCCCUUCUACCCAGCAACGUCACGUAUCAUCCCCGAUACCCGGACCAUCCCCACCACGACAGAAAAUGGCAGAGUCAAAAAUUUCACAACCUCAGGAUGAGUUCAGCUGUUCAAUCUGUCUGGAAAUACUGAAGGAUCCAGUAACUACAUUAUGUGGACACAGUUUCUGUAUGGUGUGCAUUAACAACUGCUGGGAUCAGGAGGAUGAUAAGGGAACAUACAGCUGUCCACAGUGUAGACAAACCUUCACUCCAAGACCUGAUGUGAGGAAAAACACCAUUCUGUCUGAAGUUGUGGAGAAACUGAAGAAAACAGAACUUCAGGUUCCACAACCUGCUCACUGUUCUGUUGAACCUGAAGAUGUGGAGUGUGAUUCCUGUACUGGAAGAAAACACAAAGCUGUUAAAUCCUGUCUGGUGUGUUUGGCCUCUUACUGUGAAACUCACCUCCAGCCACACUAUGAAUCUCCUGCUUUUAAGAAGCACAAGCUGGUUAAAGCCUCCAGACGACUCCAGGAGCAGAUCUGCUCUCAGCAUGAUAAACUGCUGGAGGUUUACUGUCGUACUGAUCAGCAGUGUAUCUGCAUGUUGUGCACCAUGGAUGAUCAUAAAGGACAUGAUACAAUAUCAGCUGCAGCAGAAAGCACUGAGAAACAGAAGCAGCUGCUGGAGAUCCAGAGAAAAUUCCAGGAGAAAAUCCAGAACAGAGAGAAGAAAUUUAAUGAGCUGAUAAACGCUGUGGAGUCUCACAAGUGUUCUGCACAGACAGCAGUGGAGAACAUUGAGAUGAUCUGUACUGAACUUAUCAACUCAAUUAACAAAAGAUGCUCUGAGGUGAAAGAUCUGAUCAGAGAUCGAGAGAAAGCUGUAGUCAGUCAAGCUAAACAAGUCCUCAAGCAGUUGGAUCAGGAGAUUGUAGAUCUGAUGAAGAAAAAUGCUGAACUGGAGCAGCUUUCACACACAGUGGAUCCCAUCCAUUUCCUCCAGAAUUUCCAGUCUCUCUCGACUCCUGCUGGAUCUGCAGAAUCACCCGCCAUCACAAUCAGUCCUUUCCUCUCAUUUGAUGAUGUUACAGAGUCUGUAUCUCAGCUGAGAGAGAAAGUAGAAGAAUUCUGGAAAGAGCAGUCUGAGAAGAUAACAGAUGAAGUGAAGGACGUUCAGAUUAUUUCACCUCCUGAACCUGAAACCAGAGAAGAUUUUCUACACUAUUUCCGUCAGUUCACAAUGGAUCCAAACACAGUAAAUAAACACCUCAGUCUGUCUGAGGGGAACAAAGUAGCGACCAGGAGUGGAACAGAACAGUCGUAUCCUGAUCAUCCAGAAAGAUUUAAUUAUUACUCUCAGGUUCUGUGUAGAGAGAGAGUGAGUGGACGCUGUUACUGGGAGGUUGAGUGGAGUGGGGAUAAUGGGGCCUAUAUACUGGUGUCAUAUAAAAGCAUCAGAAGGAAGGGAAGUGAUGAUGAGUGUGUGUUUGGAUGGAAUGAUGUGUCCUGGUGUUUAGAGAUUUCGCCAUCCACCUUUUUAUUCUGGCACAAACACAAAAAGACUAAAAUUCCCAUAAUGCCGAGUUCCUCUAGAAUAGGAGUGUAUGUGGAUUACAGAGCAGGAACUCUGUCCUUCUACAGCGUCUCUGAUACAAUGAAGCUCCUCCACAGAGUUCAGACCAAGUUCACUGAGCUCCUCUACCCAGGGAUUUGGGUUGGUAUAGAAUCAAAAGCAAAACUGUUAGAUUCAACAAAUUAAAUAUAAAAUUUACAUGAAAGUGUAACAUUAAACUGUUUGUGUGAUUUUAGAAUCUAAUGUGAUGCAGUGAUACAUUUAUGAAGAUUUUCUUUAAAUAUAAAACAUUUAAUUUUU